AGGACCUGUCAAAUCCUCCCAACCAGGAACCAGCUCCGCUCGCGCUCUCUCUCUCUCUCUCUUUCACUCUCUCUCUCUCUCUCACGCACACACACAUAAACACACACACUGUCCCGGAGCAGACACUCUUAACUCGGGAGGGGAUUUAAACUCCAAGACCACCACCCGGUACCACACCUGAGUCACUUCCAGAGAAACCAGAACCACCGUGAGCGUCGCACCUCAGCGCUCCAUGCUCCUGCAAUCCGGCGGGUGUUAAGAUCCAUGGAAGUGGCCGGCUUCUACGACGAGGGCAGCUUUGCUUUCCACGGUCGAGACAGCGCAGUCGGUCCGGUCGGUUCUUACUGGAGGUUCGGCGACUCGAUGACGGAGCUCGGUAUCGAAGAGCAGGAGAGAGCGAUAGACUUCAGUGUUUACCUGGACUCCGCUGUGCACUGCCCGCAGCUGCCGGCGCAGACGCAGCAGCAGCAGCAGACGCAGCAGCAGCAGCAGCAGCAGCAACAGGGGGACACUUUCACAGAUUAUCUCGGGGAGAACAAGAUCAAGAGAGUGGCGGCUUUGCAGAACUACAAGAGCUACUCCCUGCUGAGCGAGUUGGAGGGGAGUCAGUGCGACAACCUGCGGGAUCCCAGGGAGCCCUACCCGCUGAGCUACAGCGACCUGCAGGAGACCCGCGUGGACGGCGUCCUCAGCCCGGAGCUGGUGGGGAGUCGCUACAGAGUCGCGACAGCCACGGACAGAGCCGACGUCCCGGAAGACGCAAAGAUGGAGAACGGCUCGUCGGGCUUCGACAUGAGGUCCUACCUUCAUUACCAGUCCACCAGCGGCAGUCUGGGGAACAUCUCCACCGCCUCGUCGACCUGCUCCAGCCCGCCCGGAACACCUGCCCCGUCAGGUAAGAGCAGGUCGCCGACCCACGGGGGCAAGAUGUCCAGCGGCAAAGCCAAGAAGCGCCUGGACAAGGACAGUGAGGAGUACCGGAUGAGGCGGGAGAGGAACAACCUGGCGGUGAGGAAGAGCAGGGACAAAGCCAAAAUGCGCAACAUGGAGACGCAGCACAAAGUCCUGGAACUGGCCGCGGAGAACGACCGUUUACAGAAGCGGGUGGAGCAGCUGUCCAGGGAGCUGACCACCCUGCGCAACCUGCUCUCAGCCACCGGACAGUGUUAGGACGCGGCUCCAGCUCGGCGCCAACGCCGCCCCCCUCCCCUGUUCUUGCCCCUAUUCUUGCCCCGUCUUAUCACUGAUUCUCCAGACUUUGAAUCCGGAUCUGAUUGUUUUAAAAAAAACGAAAACAAACAAAAAAAAAACGGUACGCUUCACACAUGAAGACCGCGGCCGACACCGGUUUACAAGGACACUUCGAGUAGGACUCCAGAAGUGGGUGCAUGGAUUGCGCAAUCAUCGUGGGUUCUUCACAUGUCACCGUAGCUUUAUUCUCAGAUGUCGUUUUUUUUUUUUUUUUUGCAGUAUGCAGUAUUUCUGUGUAGGUUUUACAUACAUGCGAAUGAAUUUGUACUUUUUGUGUAUUCACAGGAGUGGUUGUCAAGGGAAGAGUUGUGCUGCAGUGAAAUGAUGCAACUCUUUGUAAUAGUAUUGGCAAUGGAUGAAAUAAGUCUAAUUAUUUAAUAUUAAAAGGUGAAAUUCUAUAAUUGUACUUGAUAUUUUAUUGAAUUAAACAGAUUUAUACUUUGUCUUAACCA